CAUCGUUACCGUAAAAGUUAGAGUUAGUUAACUGCAUUGCUGCAAAGUGAUCGAAAUCCGGCUAUUAUUAGUCCCUCAAAAUCAUCCCAUAGCUCCGUAAGUUCAUGACAAUUAUUUCCAGUUAGUGACAUAUAUCUCAUAGUCCAAUGUUCAUAGUCCAGAGUUUAUAGAUCAUCAUUCUCCCAGCGUACAAAACCUUCCCACCUUCCUACUUGUACCUACCAUCGUGAAACCUCCCUUCUGAUCAACCAUGUCAACUGUACCAUUAUCUUCCUUCAGUCAAUCUACCAACCUUCAAACCUCAGUCUCCAGAUGACGACACUAACGGCAAACACCUGUCAGACAGGUGUUUCUCUAUAAUCUGAAGAUUUGGCAUCACUGGAGCAAGGAGAGAUUACAGGAGUGUUGUGUACCAUCCAGCCCUGGUGAUUAUCCUUUCAUAGCAUGCAGCAUUCUGUUAAGACAAAUGGUUGCAGAAUUUGAUGUUAUACGAAGUCAGAUGUCAACAUCAGCACUUCAGGAAAGUUGACACAAAAGGACCCGAAUUGAUUUGUUACCUAAAAUAUGUAACAUGGGUGAGAAAGCAUUCAUUUGUGCAACCUGUGGUAAAGCCUCUACUACAAAAAGAGAUCUUCAACGACACAAUAGGAUUCACACCGGUGAGAAACCAUUUGUUUGUGAAUUAUGUGGUAAAGCCUUUGCUUGGCAGAGUAAUCUGCGCACACAUCAAAGGAUACACAGGGGUGAGCAAUCCUUCGUUUGUGAGACCUGUGGUAAAGCCUUUACGACAAGAGGUGGUCUUCAACGACAUGACAGGAUUCACACGGGUGAGAAACCAUUUGUUUGUGAGACUUGUGGAAAAGCCUUUAAUUCACAGAGUCAUCUGCGCGAACAUGAAAUGCUACACACGGGUGAGAAACCAUUUGUUUGUGCAACCUGUGGUAAAGCCUUUGUCUGGCGAUAUGAUCUUAGCGCACAUCAAAGGUUACACACAGGUGAGAAACCAUUCGUUUGUGAGACCUGUGGUAAAGCCUUUACUUGGCAAAGUUCUCUUCAAAAACAUGAAAGGAUACACACAGGCGAGAAACCAUUCGUUUGCGAGACCUGUGGUAAAGACUUUACCCGGCAAAGUGAUCUACACAAACAUAAAAGGAUACACACUAAUGAUAAACCAUUCGUGUGUGUAACCUGUGGUAAAGCGUUUACUCAUCUUAAUGCUCUUGGCCGCCAUGAGAGGGUUCAUACUGGUGAGAAACCAUUUGUAUGUGCAACCUGCGGUAAAGCUUUUGCUUGGCAAGCUGGUCUAAACAGUCAUAAGAGGGUGCACACAGGUGAGAAACCAUUUGUAUGUGCAACCUGCGGUAAGACCUUUGCUUGGCAAACGGGUCUACACAAACAUAAAAGGGUGCACACCAGUGAGAAACCAUUCGUUUGAGUGGCCAGCAGUAAUGUUUUUAGUUGACAAGGUAAUCUUAUCCAACAUGAGAAGGUACACACUUGCAAGUAACCAUUCUUUUGUUAGACCAGUGGUAAAGUUUUUACCUCCACCAAGUCAUGUAAAGAUCCAUAGACAGGUCUCCAUGGCUGAUGAUAAACUCUAAUAUCUUUGGUAAAUGAAAACUGCAGGGAUGUUUAAUUUUAUAAUAAUAACUACAACUUGGGUUAGUGGUAAGAAAUUUGUCUUAUGGAAUUUAAAUAUAAAGUAGAUGAAAAUAGAAUGAAUAAAAUUCGUUCCUGGGA